UGGAUUGAUAAAUCCGAGGAAUAUGGAAAAUGUUUGGGAAUCCAUGUUAUUUCUGUGAAUGAGAGCCAGAUCGAAAUAAGUCUCAAGAAAAAUCCUUCAUUAUUUGAUAGAAAGAGUUCUUGGAGCUGUGAAUUUCAAAAAAAAAACACUGGGGAAGUUCUUUGUAAAGGAACAGCUAACCAACAGUCCUUGGAUUGCUUCUGUGUAUUUUCAACUGUCAAGUCAUCUGAUGGAGAUGUAAUGACUGCCAAAGCAGAAAGCACAAAUAUAGAGAUAUUAGAAGAUUUCCAGUUUAGAAACUGCUCUCAAUAUACAGAGUCCAGUUGCUUGGAGUGUAUAUCAAAUGGAUGCCUAUUUUGUACUAGGGAAUCUGAAUGUAGGUCUCCACUGACUCCCUGUGCUGAUACAGCAGAUGAGACUGAGUGCAAAACCAUAGAGAAUACGGCAGCCAUUGGACCAUCAUGUAGUGUCAAGAUUAAAUCAGUAUACCCUAACAGGAUAACCUAUGCCGGAAAAAGGAAUGUUCUGAUUACUGGAGAGAAUUUGAGAAAUCUAACAAAAUUGUUUUUAGUAGGGACCAGCAGCUGCAAGCCCCAGGAAGUUCAAAUUAGAAAAGAAGAACAAUGGAACGACACACAUGCUUUUAUCUCACUGCCAAUUGCAAAGGAAGUUAAGCAAUUAUGUGUUCAAUGUGAAGGGAAGUGUCAGCAAGGCCUAAACAUCUUUUAUGAAUCAUUGCCCACGUGUUCUGUGAAUGAUCCAAAUGUUGUAUGGCUC